AUGGCCCUCCUCGCCGCGGCCCGCCGGGCCUCCUCCCUACCCAGCCUCCGUCGGGCCUCCACGCUUCUCCGCCCCACGUCCUCGUCGGCGAUGGCGAGCAGGUGGAGCUCGUCCUCCUCCCUCGACGCUGCAGUCUCCUCCUUUGAGUCCUCCGGCGCCUCCCUCAUCGCCGCACUGGACUCUUACCGUCAGAGCACCGUGACCGAGGAGUCCGCCCGUACCGUGUUGGGCCCCAUCCGUGCCUUCUUAACCGAGACCGAAUCCCUGAGCGCCACCAUGUUCGACCUUGAGCUCCUCGGCGCCAUCGACUCCGCGAUCAAGUCCCGCAACAACGACGGCCAGGCCCCCACCGAGCUCCAGUGUCUCCUCGCUAAGAUAGAGGAGACUGGGGAUUACUUUCCCUUUGAAAUAUCUGAAAAUAAGUGUCGUUCCAGCAUUACACUUACAAGAACUUUAAAGGGCGAGAAGAUUGAGGUUGUGGCAUCAAAGCCCUGCUUGGACGACGACGACGACGAGAACAACUCCUCAUGCACCUCACAUGAGGAUGUAGAAUCGCCUUCGGCGUCCUCGAACGAGAAUCUAGAAGAAGACGGUGGCCAGAAGAACAAAUUAAGAUCCAGCAUCAACCUAGAGGUCACCAUCUCCAAGGGCGAUGGCUCAAAGCUUGCGUUCACCUGCUUGGCAUAUCCCGACAAUAUCACCAUCCAUUCCAUGUGCAUGUUGUCGCGGACAGAUAAAGAUGAUGUUCAGGCCACAUAUUACGAUUUCGAUAAGCUCGAUGAGAACCUGCAGAAGUCAUUCGUGAAGUAUCUGGACAUGCGCGGGGUCACGCCAACGACGACAAACUUGUUGCGUGUGUACUUGAGCAGCAAGGUCCAGUCCAAGGAUCUGCUGAUGCUGACCAAGCUGCAGGAUUUCGUCAAGAAAGACUGA